AUGCUUGAUUUAGAGUCAAUUUCAAACUACCUGGCUCAAUCAGUCGUAGCUUCUACUGCCAAAUCGGCAGAGCAUAGUUUAAAAUCUUUGGAAAGUCAAAGUGGCUUUUCAUUGACGCUAUUACAUGUGAUAGCUUCCACGAACUUACCGAUUUCAACUAGAUUGGCAGGUGCUCUGUUUUUUAAAAACUUCAUUAAGAGGAGAUGGGUAGAUGAAAAUGGAAUGUACCUUAUUUCACAAACUGAUGUGGAGGCUAUUAAGAAGGAGAUUGUUCCGUUAAUGAUCACACUACCUAACAACCUCCAAGUUCAAGUUGGUGAAGCCAUUUCAGUAAUAGCAGAUUCAGACUUCCCAAACAGAUGGCCAACACUUUUGGAUGAUCUUAUAACAAAACUAUCAACUGAUGAUAUGGUGACCAAUAAAGGUGUGUUGACCGUGGCACAUUCUAUCUUCAAAAGAUGGCGUCCUCUUUUUCGUUCAGAUGAGUUGUUUCUAGAAAUUAAACUAGUCCUGGAUAAAUUUGCUUCGCCAUUUUUGAAUCUCUUGAAAACUGUUGAUGAGCAGAUAAAUGCGAACCCCAAUAAUGAGGCCAUGCUUAAUAUUCUUUUUGAGGUCCUACUCAUAUUAGUUAAGUUGUAUUACGAUAUGAAUUGUCAAGAUAUCCCUGAGUUUUUUGAAGAUAAUAUAUCAGUGGGAAUGGGGAUCAUGCACAAAUAUUUGGCUUAUGAUAAUACGAUAUUGGAAGAUCAAGACGAAGAAGAGCAAUCCAGUAUUGUGAACAAAGUCAAGUCUUCCAUUCAAGAGCUUGUUCAACUCUACACUACUAGAUAUGAAGAUGUGUUUGGGCCAAUGAUUAAUGAAUUCAUUCAAACAACUUGGGUUCUCCUCACAUCCCUAUCUUUGCAACCUAAGAAUGAUGUUUUGAUCUCGAAAUCUUUGUCCUUCAUGACCGCAGUAACCAGAAUCCCCAAAUACUUUGAAGUUUUCAACACUGAAAAUGCGCUCAAUAGUAUCACUGAGCAGAUCAUUCUUCCUAACGUAACUUUGCGUGAGUCUGACGAGGAGCUGUUUGAAGAUGACCCAAUUGAAUACAUCAGAAGGGAUCUCGAAGGUUCAGACUCGAGUACAAGAAGAAGAGCCUGUACUGACUUUUUGAAAGAGUUAAAAGAAAAGAAUGAAGCCUUGGUUACAAAUAUAGUACUAAAUCAUGUGAAGAAUUUUUUCGCUCAAUACCGAUCUAGCCCAGAUGUCAACUGGAAAUGCAAGGACCUAUGCGUUUACCUUUUUUCAGCAUUGGCAAUCAACGGUAAUAUCACCACAGCUGGCGUGGCUUCAACCAAUAUCUUUCUUGAUGUGGUUGAUUUUUUUACCAAGGAGAUUGUUCCCGACCUAAUGAAUUCUGUUCCACACCCUAUUUUGAGAGUUGAUGCAAUAAAAUAUAUUUACACCUUCAGGAAUCAAUUGAACAAAGACCAACUUAUAGAAAUCAUGCCAAUCUUGGGUAAAUUUUUGCAAGCAAGUGAGUAUGUCGAAUAUACUUAUGCGGCAAUCACGAUCGAAAGAAUAUUAUCUAUUAGAGAGUCACAAACGUCCUCCACUUUCAUUUUCAAAAAGAUGGAUAUAGCUGACAGCUCUCAACUACUGUUAGACAAUCUUUUUUCACUAAUUUUUAAGCAGGGCUCCACACCUGAAAAACUAGCAGAAAACGAGUUCUUGAUGAAGACGGUUUAUAGAGUUUUGCUGACUUCAGAAGAAUUACUUGUUCCUUAUUCUGCUGAAAUGCUUCAACAACUAUUGCAUGUUGUGACCAUUAUUGGGAAGAACCCCUCGAACCCUAGGUUCUCACAUUACUGUUUCGAAUCCAUAGGUGUUGUCGUCAAAUACAAUCAUCAAUCCUUAGGAGUUUUUCUCGAUUCUAUGAUGCCCAUAUUUAUGACAAUCCUUUCAGAGGAUAUUCAAGAGUUUAUUCCUUAUGUCAUUCAGAUUAUUGCAUACUGCGUCGAGCAGCUACCUGCAAAUCACGGCCUUCCUGAUACCGUCAAGCAGCUUUCUCAACCACUCCUUUCGCCAUCAGUGUGGGAGAUGAAGGGUAAUAUUCCUGCAGUCACCAGACUUCUGAAAGACAUUAUACGGGCAGAUCCAGCUGUGUACACAGACCUCAUUCCAGUUCUUGGUGUCUUCCAAAGACUCAUUGCUUCAAAGACGUACGACUCAAACGGAUUUGAACUUUUGGAAUAUAUUUUCACUUACAUUCCUGUCAAUGUCUUACAACCUUAUUUGAAGCAAGUCGGUGUCUUGUUAUUACAACGUCUCCAGAAUUCCCGCACUGAAAAAUACGUUAAAAAGUUUGUCGUAUUUCUCAGUAUACUCUCCCAAAAACUAGGCUCUGACUUUGUUGUUCAAUUCAUCGAUGGUGUUCAAGAAGGCCUUUUUCAACAAAUUUGGUCAAACUUUGUGAUCAACACUUUACCAACGAUUGGAAAUCUUCUAGAUCGAAAAAUCGCGGUAGUCGGUGUCUUGAAUGUCAUCACUAAAGGGACAAUAUUUGCCUCCAGGUAUACCUCACUUCUAGCUCCAACAUUAGAGUCAGUUCUGGCAACGACUGUCUCUGAGAGUAUCGUAAACUUGAAAAGUGACUUUAUUGAUGUUGAAAACUUAGAGGAAAUUUCAACUUUCGGAUCGAGUUUCAGCAAACUAGUUUCAAUAGCCGACAAACCUUAUGAUCCGCUACCUGAUGUUGACUUAACACAAGGCUUGAGAUUGUACGUCGCUGAAACUCUCCACAAAUUCAACGAAAAUGCGGGGAAUGCCUUUGUAUCCUUGAUUCCACAGAUGUCAGAGGAUGCCAGAAAUUCAUUGCAUACACUAGGCUUCAAUUAA